AUGGCAGACCCCAACUCCAUCACCGUCACGUACGAAGACCGCACCGCCAUCAUAACGAUCAAUCGCGCCGACAAGCUCAAUGCCCUGAAUCACGACCUAUAUUACCUCCUUGGCGAGCGGUUCCGCGAGGUUGAACAGAGAGAUGAUAUCUACAUCACCGUCCUCACAGGAACCGGACGGUUUUUCUCCGCUGGAGCAGAUAUCAAUGCGACAGGACCGACUCGAGACAAAGACGCCGCCGACCAGCGCCGCAAACUGAUCAGCUUCCUCUCUGUGAAUAACUUGGACCUCACGCGUACCAUUUACAACCACCCCAAGAUCCUAGUCGUCGCGCUCAAUGGCCCCGUCGUCGGCCUGAGCGCUGCCAUCAUCGCUUUUGCCGACUUCAUCUACGCUACACCGCAUACUUUCCUCCUCACCCCCUUCUCCUCGCUGGGCCUGGUGGCCGAAGGCGGCGCAUCGCGCGCCUUUGUUGAGCGCCUGGGAAUUUCCAAGGCCAACGAGGCCCUGAUAAUGAGCAAGCGCAUCUCCAUCGACGAGCUCACCUCGACCGGCUUCGUGAACAAGGUCAUCUCCGCCCCGUCCGGAAAGCAGGAUGAUUCCACGGGGUUUUUGCAGGCUGUGUUGGCCGAGGUCGACGAUCGGUUGGGCCUGCACCUCAACCAAUCGAGUCUUCUCAAGAUUAAAGAGUUGAUUCGUCGUCCCGAGCGUGAGAGUUUGGAUAAGCAGAAUGUUGCUGAGUUUUACGGGGCGAUUGAGAGAUUCAAUGCUGGAGUUCCGCAAGAGGAGUUUAGGAAGCUUGCAUCUGGAGAGAAGAAGCAUAAGCUAUAA